AUGAGAUUCCGUUACAUAUUAGUAAAUAUUAUUUGUAUUGUAUUUGUGGCCAUAAUAACAACUACUGUUCCCGUGUUUGGAUGGCCUGAAGGCCUACCACACGAGCACUCAUUGUCUGAGUUAUUGCUGACAACCGCUGAACCACUGAUACAACCGAAGGACAAGUGUUCCCACAAUUGGACGCAAAUCUUCGUUCACUCGGCGGCCAAGACUUCCGGCAAAUACUACGACAGGAGAACCGCUACCAGAGAUACCUGGGCUUCAGAGGCACUCAAACAUUACAUGAGAGUCACAUUCGUGUUGGCCUACCAUAAGAACCCGGAAUCUAUAGAAAGUCAAGAGAUCCAGAGGAAUAUCACUACAGAAUCCGAGAAAUACGGAGAUAUUCUUCAGUUUGGUUUCGUUGACGCCUAUUAUAAUCUGACGCUUAAAGCCAUCUCUUUGUUAAAUUGGGUCUCAAAGGAGUGUUUAGUAAACGACUAUAUCAUCAAAACAGAUGACGAUAUUGUGGUCAACACUGAAAGACUGCGACAAAGAAUAGAUAAAAAGGCAUUUAAAUCGGGAAUAACAGGAUAUAUGGCUAAAGGGAUCGACACCAAACCGCCCCGUAAUGCCAACAGUAACUGGUAUAUGCCGUCCAAUGUCUACCCACUUGAACGGUACCCGCCUUACCUUCUGGGGGCAGCGUAUGUCAUGUCCACUGAUAUCAUCGAUAAGUUAUAUCGGUUUGCUAUGAAUGCCUCAAUACUACCGGUGCUGCGCAUCGAUGACCUCUAUUUGACGGGUUUUGUGUCGCAAACGGCUGGUAUUGACCGCUACGACGACCAGGAGUUCCCCAAUCAUGGAUCCGAUGUAUCGCAAGUGUGUGAUGUGAAUGUCUGCCGACUCUACGACUAUGUCUCAUACCAUGGCUGCCAUACCGGAAAUAAUGUCAGACAUUUGUGGAACUCCUGGAAGAAUACGACAAUUAGUUCGUGUCUACCACACGAGCACUUGAUGUCUGAGUUGGUUCUCACAAAAGAUGAACCACUGAUACAACCGAAGCACAAGUGUUCCCACAAUUGGACGCAAAUCUUGGUUUACUCGGCGACCAAGACUUCCGGCAAAUACUACGACAGGAGAACCGCUACCAGAGAUACCUGGGCUUCAGAGGCGUUCAAACACCACAUGAGAGUCACAUUCAUGUAUUCCUACCAUAAGAAUCCAGACUCCAAUGAGAGUCAAGAAAUCCAGAGGAAUAUCACUACAGAAUCGGAGAAAUACGGAGAUAUUCUUCAGUUAGGUUUCGUUGACUCCUAUUAUAAUCUGACGCUUAAAGCCAUCUCUUUGUUGAAUUGGAUCUCAAAGAAGUGUUUAGUCAACGACUAUAUCAUCAAAACAGAUGACGAUAUUGUGGUUAAUACUGAAAGACUGCGACAAAGAAAAGAUAAAAAGGCAUAUAAAUCGGAUGACCGGAAUUACAUAAUACUCAGUCUACCCAACAAUAACUCCAUUUCCUACACAUUUGGUUACUUCCAAAUCAUCGAUAAUAUGUCCAAAACACUAAUCAGUGGUAAUGGAUCAGCGGAUCUCAAAGUGGAGGACUUUUAUAAUACCGGGGUUAUAAGGCUUAGGGCUAACAUCCCGGUGCACAAUGACACGGAGGUUUUCCUAAAUUGGUUGUAUUCGUGUACAGAUAGUGAUGUCUUAGCGAUAGUCUGUAAACUGGAUAAUAAGAUUGCAUACCAUGGCUGCAAUACCGGUGACAAUAUGAGAAGAUUGUGGAACAGAUGGAUAGUUCGGACCCAAGAAUCCUGUUCCCAGAGUUCCCACACUUAUUACAUAGAGUAUGACUUAGUGUUGGAUAUUGGGUGCGGUUCUGGAAAUAUAACCCAAACUAUCGGUGAUAUACUGAAAGUCAAGCAAAUCUAUGGCAUAGAUGUGGACAAAGAGAUGAUAGGAUUUGCGACACAAAACCACUGCAAGCCUUACAUCCAAUACUUUGCGCAGGAUUUCGGUGCGGAUUGGGAUGUGUUAACACCGGAACUCCGGGCCCUCGAAGGCAAAGUAGACCUCAUAUUCAGUAAUCAUUGCUUGCAUUGGAUUGUAAACAAGCAAAAUGUGGUCAAAAAUCUGUACAAACUGUUGCGGAAAGGCAGCAAAUUUUACGCUAAUAUCUACUGGAUAUCCGAUCUCUAUAUGGAUCUGACGGGUGAGGAGAAGGCCGUCCACGAGAAGGAGUUCCUUAAGAUUCCCUCAAAAGACACUCAGUUUGACAUUUGGCACAAACUCUUCAAAAUCAAUGGCUUUGAUGUCAUUUCACACCAAUUCUUACACAAAGACGUUGUCUUUGAGUUUGACUUCUUUAAAGAGCAUAUACUGCCGUUAACCACAUCCAUAAGGAAACAGUAUUUCGUGAACUAUGAGAGGGAUAUACCGAUGAGGACUCCGGAGAUUAUUGGCAAAGCCCUCAAGAAAUGUUGACAAUUCACGGAUGAGGCCACCGGUC